CGGCUCUUCGCUCUCGCUCCCUCGCCCGCCGUGGCAGCACCGACAGCGGCGGAUCCCCCUUUCCCGCGCAGCCCCGCGCACCAUGGCCCCCGCAGCCCCCCGCCUGGUCCUCGGCCUCCUGGUACUGAGUUUGUGCUGUGAAGCUUGCAAGAAAGUAAUUUUUCAUGUUCCUUCUGAGCUAGAGGCUGACACAUUAGUUGGCAGAGUUGAUUUGAAAGAAUGCCUUCAGUCUGCAGAAUUUAUCAGUUCCACUGAUGGGAACUUCAAGAUUCUAGAGGAUGGUUCUGUGUACACAACAUCUGCUCUUUCUUUGUCUGCUGAGAAAAAGACUUUUACCAUAUUACUUAAAGACAUUCAAAAACAAGUUGAAAAGAAAAUACAUGUUAGCUUGGUGGAAGAAGAAAAGAAGACACAGACACAGAAGACCAGGCGUGUUAGAGAUACAGUUCUCAAGCGAACCAAAAGAAGGUGGGGCCCUAUUCCAUCUGUUAUGAUAGAGAACUCACUGGGACCUUUUCCUCUACAAAUUCAGCAGGUCCAGUCAGACACAGCUCAGAACUACACAAUUUAUUAUUCUGCAAGUGGACCAGGAAUUGAUCAAGAUCCAAAGGGUUUAUUUUACAUAGAAAGAGAAACUGGAAAUAUCUUUGCUACUCGUGCAGUAGACCGGGAACAGUAUCCAAGCUUUCAGAUCAUUUGCUUUGCAACCACUCCAGAUGGUUAUUCACCAGAGGUACCACUUGUGCAUACAAUCAGGAUAGAAGAUGAUAAUGAUAAUGCUCCAUAUUUUACGCAAGACCUAUUUGAGUUUUGUGUCCCUGAAAAUUCCAAGCCUGGUGUUGUUGUUGGAAGAGUGACUGCAGAGGACAGAGAUGAGCCUUAUACUCUGCAUACUACAUUGAAAUACCGCAUUGUGGCCCAAAAUCCACCAAUUACCCCAGCAUUUUCUUUACAUGGUGAUACCGGUGUCAUUUCUGUAUUACUACCGCAGCUGGAUAGAGAGCUCGUUCCCAGUUACACUUUGUUAGUUGAAGUGAGAGAUAUGGCAGGUCAGCCUUUUGGUUUGUGUACUACAGGAACAGUGGUUGUCAAAAUCGAAGAUACAAAUGACAAUGCACCAUCCUUUAGACAGAUACAAUAUGAAACACGAGUGGAGGAAAACAGAGUGAAUGUAGAAAUACUGAGAGUCUCUGUUGUUGAUCUUGAUGAACCUGGUUCACCUGGCUCAGGAGCAGUAUAUGAAAUUAUAAGAGGAAAUGAUGAUCAGGCCUUUGAAAUUACAACAGACAAAAACACAAAUGAAGGAAUACUGUGUGUUGUCAAGGGACUGGACUAUGAAAGUGCCAAGCAAAGGAUCCUUGUGAUUGGAGUCAACAAUGAAGCACCCUAUCUGCUGGCACCACAUUCACAACAACUUUCCCAGAGCACCUGCUCUGUUACAGUGAAUGUCCUGGAUGUGGAUGAGGGACCAGUGUUUAAACCAUGUCUGUUGCGCUUAGAUGUUAAAGAAUGCGAAGAUAUUGGGACGGCUAUUGGGAGAUAUGUAGCAGAAGAUCCAGAAACUGGGAAUAGUGAAGGCAUAAGAUACCGGAUACCACCUGGGCAAUGUAAUUGGAUCAACAUAGAUGACAAAUCAGGUGAAGUCAGAACUGUUAAAGUUCUGGACCGAGACAUAGGAGAAAUGAGACGAGGCCAAUGCAACAUCACAGUCCUUGCAAUAGACAGAAAUGGUAAAACAGGCACUGGAACAAUUCAGGUUUGCAUUGUGCCUGGGAACAAGAAUUUCCCACGAAUCGCUCAGACGGACUAUAUAAUGUGCAGAGACAGAGAACCAAUCUGCCUUACUGCACAGGAUGAUGAUGAGGCUCCUUACAGCACACCCUUUGUGUAUCGCAUAACUGACCGUAACUUGGCUUCCAUGUGGAAGAUAAAUCCACAAAACGAUAAUUCUGCGUAUCUUUCACCAAAGGGUGAUAUUCCAUUUGGAAUUUAUGAUAUUCCUGUAAGUGUGAUGGAUAACGGAGGAAAGGUAGGAGAGACCACCGUAAGAGUUAACGUCUGUGAUUGUGUGACUCCAAGCGAAUGCGAUGGCAGGAGCCGUCAACUUUCUGGUGGAAAUGUUACCCUUGGUCUCUGGGGCAUCCUUGCAAUGAUCUUAGGAUCGCUUUUAUUGCUGCUAAUCCUGAUCACAAUCUGUGGCUGCUGUGGCCGUGGAGUAAUGCACAGGCAGGUGACUGAUGAUUGUGCCAAUCACAAUUUAAUAAUUUCAAACACAGAAGCUCCAGGCGAAGAAGUGAUGGAUCACAAUAUAAUUCCUCUACAAAAUACAUGUGAUCAAGGAGGGUAUGGAGUAAAAACAGGAGAUCAACAAACAUUUGAAGUGGUGAAAGGAAGAGGGCAUACCUUGGAAUCAGUCAAGGGAGGUGGACACCAGACUCUGGGAUCGGUUAAAGAAGGAGGAGGGCAGCCUAUGAUGGAUACAUGUAGAUACUCCUACUCAGAAUGGCAUAAUUUCACACAUCCUCGCUUAGGUGAAAAGGUGCACCUAUGCAGACAGGAUGAAGAACAGAAGCAUUCUGAAGAUUAUCUCCUUUCAUAUAACUAUGAAGGAAAAGGAUCCUUGGCUGGCUCUGUAGGCUGCUGCAGUGAUCAGCAUGAGGAAGAGGCACUUGACUUCUUAGAUCAGUUGGAACCCAAGUUUAGGACAUUAGCAGAAACAUGCAUAAAAAGAUAAACGUGCCUUUCACAGUGCUGAAAAAAACCUGUAAAUAAGUGGCUGUCGUGCUUUUGUGAUAUUAGGUAUUUUGGAAUUGAUGAGGGAAGAGGUUUAUAAAAAUUUAUGUAGACUGGUAAGAGUGGAAGUAACUCUUGCUUUAAAUUUACAUUUUCUUAUGCCAGACACAUUCCAUCAAAAUAAGGGACUCAAAAUAUUUUUUCUUUAGACUAGGUCAAUAUAGUAAUGCUAGUUCCUACUUAGAUUACAUUUUGCAUUCUUUGUGAUUACUUAAAAUGCAAAACUUGGUGUUCUUCUAAUUAAUUAUUCAGCUUCAAAAUUUUAUUGUAUUUGGCU